GCACUGAUCAAACAACAUGCACAUAUUAAAUUUCACAAUGCUUUCUUGCGUAUCCUUUGAAUAAAAUGGCAUCCAAUCGAAAACGACAGCGGGAAAUUCAACAAAAUACCGAUCGAAUCGGUAACAACUUUGAUUAUUUUCGGUUUCUAGCUGCAAAUAAAGAAGCAUUAGAUGGUAAUGCAGAUAUUGGAACAACUUCGAUCACAAAGAAAAGAAAGGCAUCAAGUCCUCCUACUGUUGACACUUUCAAGAUAAAUUCAACAGCCUCUUAUCUUAACAGCGAUGUCAAACAAACGCCCCCAGGGAAACGUAUCCGGAGAGCUCUCUCAAGAGGACUUUCAUUACGACGUGUUUCAAACAAAUCAGCACAGCCCUCUGGAUCCACAUUCAAUCAACCAUUCAGUGCCAAUCGUACCCCAUCUAAAUUUGGACUUAAUUCCCUACGCGAUAAAUCAAACAUCCCGUUUGACCAAAAAUACAAAUCUAAAGAUGAUUCCGGUCUUGAUUUGACAUUAUCGAAGAAAGAUCCAUGGGGAACUUUACGCUACAAUCUCAGAUCAAAGAUCUCUGGUACGAUUAUGCGACAAAAGAUGAAGGGGCAACAAGAUUAUAGCAGUUUGUUUACAGUCAACAGUGACUUCCUACGGUUUCUUGCAACAUCUUCAAUGAAAAAUCAACCCAAAUUUGAGGUAAGCAUUGAAAUGUUCUUCGAUCAUCUUUUUUAGAUUGUUAUCAAUUACAUUGUCAAGUGGUUUCAAAGAAAUCCUUUUUUCAGAGACAUGUUUAUGAAAAUGUAUACAUGUAUUUCUUUGUGCAUGUAAUUUUGAAUAGUUGCGUAUCCUAAAAUACAGAAAACAUUAACAUUUCUCAGUUACAAUUCAUGAAAAAGAUUCAUAGUUAUUGGAUGACAUUCAAACUGAUCCCUAGCUGUUAUGUAAAUUAGGUUUUAACCGCCAAUAAUAUU